AAAAAGAAAGAAAGAUUAAGUGAAAGAGAGAUAGAGAAAGAAGAUUUUCGCCAUGUAUGAGGGAGAAAGAAAGAAAGAAAGAAAGAGAGAGAGAAAAGCAAGGUAGGUAGGAUCGUAGAGGUAACAUCGUAGAGAGGCUGGGACUUGAUCCAAAAGGUAGGAGCACUUGGUUAGUGAGACCAGUCCAUCGCGGGCCCUCCUUUCGUUCAAACGCGUUUACUUUCCUGUGCCACUAAUUUUUCACUUCCCUCAUCGUCUUCAUCAUCAUCAACCAUCCCCCCAACCCUUAUAUCUACCAAAAAAACAAUAUUGCCAAUUUUUCCAAAAAUAUAAAAUCACAUACCAAUUUAAUAAAAAUUACAAACAAUGAUGAGAAAUUCACCCGAGAAUUUAACAACUAUACCCCUAAUUUAGCAAUCCGUUUUUGUGAAGAAUUAAUUAAAUGUGUCAAAAAUACGACGAAAUGAUUGAAAACAGACAGAGAUAAGGAGCAGAUACAAUAAAGAGAGAGAAAUAUAAUAAAAAAUGAGAAUGUAAUAAACAAUAGAGAAAAAGAGAUACGAUAUAGAAAUCGAAACAUUGUCAAAAUUUUAAAGAACCGAUAAUUACUGAUUAUCAAAAAUUUUAACACCAUCGUGCUGAUAUGAUGUGUGCUAGAUUGAUAUACAAAUGCUAUACUGAUAAGUAAAGAACUUUUUGGAUACCAGUGUUUUUUGUUUUUUUAAACUAGUGCUAAAUUUUAACAAUAUCAAGAAAUUAUUUCUUGUUAUAUGCCAGGAUUUUUAGUUUUUUGUGUUUUUAGAUUAGUUCUAGAAUUUUGUGUUUGUUGUCACAUCAAUUUCUGCAUUUGGAUGACGGACUUAAUUAAUUAAUGUUUGAACAUUAAAAUUACUUUGGAGAACAUUAAGCAGUACUUUGGAGAACAUUAAACAUUACUUUGGAGAACAUUAAACAUACUUUGGAGAACAUUAAACAUACUUUGGAGAACAUUAAACAUAUACUUUAGAGAAUCUUAAAUAUACUUUGGAGAACAUCAAAUUAUGUCAACACUGAGAAAAAUCAAAUGUGAAUUUCAAAAUCAAGAAGCUUGUUAAGAAUUCAUUAGGAGAGAAAAGAGAUCAGAAUUGCUGGUUCUAGAUUAGCAUCAUUUUAUUAGCUGUCGAGAUUAGUGCCACAAGAGAAACGGGAUUAGUGUCAAAGUAAAUGUUGAGAUAAAUAUCGAGAAAAACGUUUCGGAUGUAUAAUGUAGUGUAAAUGAUGAUUUCUGCGAACUAAUCUUUCUUAUUCGGAUUUAUUGAUUAUAAGUUGAAUUCAUUUGGGAAAUUUAAAGUGCGCGGUGACUAAUAUAAUGACGAGAAUGAUUGAGCCAUUAGCGAUUCAAAAAUUUACCAAAUUAACAAGUUUCAAGAAUUAAUAAAUACAAAUUUUCGAAUUGAUUGAUUCAAAUUCUGCUUUGGCAAAUUAUUAGCAACUUGAUGAAUUUUUGAAUUCGGCAUAGUUGAACCAUCAUUUGAUACAAUUUUUGAAUUGAUGCAUUAACGGAUUUUCGAAUUAAAAUCGACGAAAUGAAUUUUUGAAUUGAGGAAUAGAUGCGAGAAUACUUCUGAAUUGGGGAAUUGUUUCCUGAACUGGAAAUAAUUAAUAAUUGAUGGAAAGUGGUGUAAUAAAAGUAUACAAAUGACGGCACUUAUUCGUUGGAUCUUCGAAUCGACAUUUACGAUAAAGGUCAGAGAUAUCAAUACCCGGAAGUAAGGUUGUUGGGCACGCCGCCGAUACUUUCGAAUAGUCCGUCGAUUAGCAGCACUCGUCUGAUAAAACUUUUUUUUCGGUUAAUACCCAAAAAGAGGAGAAUUUAAUUGGAAUCAAAAUCAUCUGUUUGGUAAUUAAUCAUACCAUCAUCAUUAUUAGCAUCUUGGUCGACAUUAUCAUCGCACCAACAUUGUUGGCAUCUUCAGCAUCGUCACAAUCUUCAGUAUUACCACUACCAUCAUCAUCAUUAUUAGCAUCGUCACAUUCUUCAGUAUUAUCAUCAUCAUCAUCGUCAUAAUUAUCAGCAUUGGCAGUAUCAUCAUCAUGGGCGAUUUACUAUCAUCAAAGAUUUAAAGAAGGAAUUAAAAAAGGAAUUAAAAAAGAAAUUAAAAAAGGAAUUAAAAAAGUCAAUUAAAGAAGUACAACAGACAUCUUGAUAGAGGGAUCUGCUUUAAUCGGAAGGGGAUUCGGUGGUUGUCUUCCGGUUUGAUUGUUUCGAUCCUUCGACCCAGAACCAGUGGGCCGUCAAUAUACAAGCAGUCUCGCCGGCUUUUGUCUCACUCUUUCUCUUCUCCUUCUUUGAUAUCGUGUUCCGUCGAUCGACUUACCGGAUCAGAUUGGAUCGUCUUCCAUUUCUUUGUGGGAUCUCAAUGACCUUCUUCAUUUCAAAAGAUACUUAUGGAUAAACAUUUUUUUUUGAAAGUGACUUUUGUGACACAGUGAGUGCUAUUUUCAAUCAAAGUUUUGAUUUUCGGAGAUUUCAACGCCGGGUUUGCAGAAUGAAACAAGAGAGAGUGAAAAUUUAGUGACAAAUCAAAUGCUUGUGAUGUAAGAGAUGCGUCCUGGUGACUUCGCGGUAAACGCGAUAGCCCUUUUAAUUCUGGGACUGAUACAGGGACCUCGCCAAAACAGGGUGGUCGGAGCUUUUAUGGUUGGUGCGGCAGUUUGUGGACGGAUUCCCGGAUUGGGUAAAAAUCAGCGGGAGCUGUGCAAAAAGGCGCCGUACGUAAUGCCAGCCAUUGGCGAGGGUGCCGAACUCGGUCUUCGUGAGUGUCGACAUCAAUUUAGACAUCAUCGUUGGAAUUGUUCUCACGUCGUCAGUGAUCAAGUUUUUGGCCACGUUGUAGUUGUAGGAAGUAGAGAAGCAGCUUUUACUUAUGCGAUAAGUUCCGCCGGUGUAACUUACAAAAUCACGGAAGCUUGUAGUCGCGGAAACAUCACAGCUUGCGGUUGCGAACCGACACUUAGGACGAGGAGAGAAUCACCCACAAGUGAUUGGCAGUGGGGUGGCUGUAGCGCUGACGUUGCUUACGGAAUGAGGAUGGCGCGCAGGUUUACGGACGCACGUGAAGUUGUCGGUGAUCCAAGAAGUUUAAUGAACUUGCACAACAAUAAAGCCGGUAGAAAGAUAGUAAAAACACUAUUGAGAACGGAAUGCAAGUGUCAUGGAGUGUCCGGUUCUUGUACUAUUAGAACCUGUUGGAGAACGUUACCCAGCUUUCGUCAAGUGGGUGAUGCGCUCAUGAAGAAAUAUUACCGAGCGCGACCAGUAGUAGCUGUCACGCCACCACCACCACCAAAGAUGCAGAUGGAUGUUUCCCCGAAUCCUGCGGAAUUAAUACCAAUUUUGGGAAAUGACGCAAGAACGCAAGGUUAUGGUUAUGAAAAAUUAAAAAUUGAACGACGACUAUCACGUAAGGCUGUGAGUAAACCACGUAAACCACAUUUGGUAUUGAAACGUACAAAAUUUAAUAGUGGACCUGGAAUGAGUUAUAAGAGAAUACCGAAGAGAAGUGAAUUAGUUUUUCUUCAAUCGUCGCCAAAUUAUUGCGAUUCUGAUAUAGCUCAGGGCAGUCUUGGUACUCAGGGUCGUUUCUGCAAUCGCACGAGUAAAGGUACUGACGGAUGCGACUUGAUGUGCUGCGGACGAGGCUACAAUACACAUCAAUACACAAAGGUCUGGCAAUGUAAUUGUAAAUUUCAUUGGUGUUGUCGUGUACACUGUGACACGUGCUCGCAACGAAUUGAAGAGUAUACAUGCAAAUAAAAUUCAAUUGUUCCAAUGAUUAGUAAUCAGAUUCUCGGAUAUCUCUCUAUCUCUCUUUAAUUGAAUUCACAAGAAAUGAAACAAAGGAAUAAUUAGAGAGAGAGAGAGAGAGAGAGAGAAUUCGAACCAUUUACAAGAAUUUUUGUCACAAUAUGUACUUUUAUUUUCUAUGUAUACCAUCAGCCUUGGUUAUAUGAAUAAGAGAAAAAAAACACAAUUUUUAUACACUUCUAGUUUUAUAUUAAUCUCGAGAAUUUAGCGAAUAAUUCCAAGGAUUAUUUCCUUAACUUCGUGAGAAAAAAAAAUUAAGAUAAGAUAUAGAAUUUUUUUGCUAAAAUUCAUUCUUUAUGACACUAUAACUACCAAAGUUAACAAUGCAUUUACAUUGUUCCAGUUUAAAAAAAAAAAGUAAUUCGAAAGAUAACAGAAAAAAAAGAAACAUAAAUUUUUCUUUCGCAUUCCGCGAAAGUUUAAUGUAAAAAUAUUCAAUUUUUCGUCUUUUAUAAUCAAAUGGCGAUACACUUGAGAAUGAUGCAACUGUGUGAUAUUAUUGAUAAUUCAAUAUUUAUGUUAAAAUUGGUGAUAGAUAAAAAUCUAAUAAUUUCUCUACAAUAAAAAAGACAACAAAGAAGCAAAAAAAAAAAAAAAAUACAGA